UGAGGGCAUACUGUGGCAACCUUGGACCUCUCGGUAGUGGGGGCCCCUGUCUGAUGGGCGAAAUAAAGAUAGCACUGGAGUAGGAAGUCCCGUCAUAUUUGUCCGGGACAGACAAUAGGGCAUCACUGACCUGGGCGGACUGCUGGAUGAGCUGGGGGACUGGCUCGCUGGGACGAAUCGGUGUAGAGGGUCCUCUGCUAGUUGGAGCUGAAUCCUCUCGGGUAUUGUCGAAGGUUGUUGAGAACACGGCGGACCUCAUCUAUUACCGUACCCAGUUGAGCUAGCUGGUCAUGGUGUUGACGGAGUAGGUGUUCCUAUACGUCAACCAUCUGGGAGAUAUCCUUAACUUCUGCUGCUUUCAUAUUUUCGUGAGGCAGUAUUCUGUAUUGUAAACACAAGGAGUCAGGAAGCAGGUGCAGAAGGGGGAGAGUGUGGAUGUUCGUGCAUUGAGGGCCAGGUUUCAUGCCAAGGCUGACAUGGCAGGUAGUCGAGACAGCACUUCUCCAAAACCUCCACUGCGAGGAUUUGGGAGAGGAGGCCCGAGGUUGGCAGACGUCAGUGUUACAGCAAACGGAGGGGUCCGAAAUAAACUCAUGGUUCCCACACCACCACUUCCUGGAUCAAGCUACUCCCCGGACCUUCAGAGGCUACCACCACGACAUGUAAGGGCUGAACUGGAGGGCAUGUCCACCAGCCCCGAGCCUCAUAGUGUCUUCCACCACCUUCCACCAUCACACCGACCCCACAGAGCAGCCAAGGAGCUAUCCCUACCAGCACCCCCACCGACAAAUAUAGACCCACAAGGCAGGGUGAGAGUCACUGGGGAGCUUCUGCAGAACAUGAUGCUGAAGCAUAAGGGAGUACACCCCGGCCCUACCAAGCCGACGCCCCCCUCCCUGCCCAGCCAGAGAAAUUUUACAGGGGUGACCCCCCUGAGAAGGGCCCUGCCCCCUGAGGCUCCCAGCCCCAUAAAACCCAGACGGCCCCCUCACAUCAACCUGCAGGCCCAUCAGAGAAGCACCAGGGCACCACACCUCGCAGGGCAACCAGGGUUAAGGAAGACUGACGGUGGCAGUAGUCAGUCUCUCCCAGGGCUAGUCAGUUCCUCUGGCCCCCCAAGACUUCCAACCAAGCCCAGCAGCCUUCCACGGCAGUGUGCCCCAGUACAUUUCGAGGAUGACCAGGGGGGAUAUGACGACGUAGGCCUUGAUGUGAAACCACCUCCCCCGCCCCUAAAUCACCCAGGGAGCUGGGACAAGAGUGACUCCUGGAAUGACAAUAGUUCUUCACGAGUAGAUGAGGGGAGCGAUGGAAGUGAUGUCAAUAAAGGCAAUGAACAGGAGGUGAAAAACACAAGUUCUGAUAAGAAGAAACAGAAAGAGUUGAGGUGGCAGCAAGAGCAGGAGAAGAGAAAUCAAAAGAAAAGACUGGAAAGGGACAAGAAAUACAGAAAGAAAUUUAAGCUGGGUACUGGGGACAUAGAUGUCCUUCACAUGGGCAGGGUUCGACACGACUGGCAGGGGGGCAAGCAUGAUCUAAGUGUUCGGCAGGGAAACAGAGUGGAGAUCAUACGGGUUAAGAACAACCCCGAUGGCAGGUGGCUAGCCCGCACACAGACUGGCACCUAUGGUUACAUCAUUAGCACAUGUGUGGAUGUGGAUUAUGAGGAAGUGAAACGUAAACUCAAACUGUCCAGAGCGCCUGACCCCUCACUGCCACCACCACCACUUCCUGUUCGUUCUGAAGACAAUGACAUCUAUUAUGAUGUUGACUCCUCAGGAAACAUGAACAGUCUAGAUCCAGUAAUGAGAGAGAUGCUGGAGAAAGAUGAAAAGGAAUUUAGAAAAAAGUUUAAGUUUGAGGGACCGAUUUUGGUGUUACACAGCAUGAUGGUUGACCUGAACGCAAGCGUCAAGAAGACAGGAGGGAUGGCUCUAGCUGUGGUUCAAGGAGAGAUCCUGGAGGUCAUUCAAGUCACCAGUGACAAAAAAGCCCUGUGUCGCAACAAGCAGGGGAAAUAUGGAUAUGUGCCCAGGGUUCUUCUACAGGCGGAAGGAGAUGAUGUUUAUGACGAUGUCGAUCAUAUCACCGAUAUUUAUGACAACGACAAUGUCUAUAAUGACACAAUCCACUGAAGCCCGGUUCCUUUCCUGACCAAUGUGAAUCACCAAUACUGGACUCACAGUAAUGCUCGUCUUCGAUGGAAACACACACUCACUCCCUAAGAAUUAAAAGAACAAUCGGGGCAUGAAUGUUGUUUGCGGCAAUUUGAAAACUAUACUCUAUGCCUUGUUCAUGGCUGGGAUUCUUGAGAUUAUUUGUUGAAAAAUAAAUACUUUUUUGUGAAUAUU